AUGAGUCGGUGGUUCAGAUCAGUGGCAAAGGCUCAUCAUCAUGAGACCCCAGCUAUGCAUGCUGAGGAGGAGAACCUCCAUCUACGCUCCGUCGAGAAUGCAUUGCUCAAGCUCUUAGAUGAUGAUAUCGAGGGGGCCGAUAAGAUCCUGAAGCAGCAAGAGUCAUCUUUCCAUUACCUUGGCCGUGGAAUUUCGAGUUUCAUUUCUUCGAUGCUGGGAGUUGAGAAAGAAUUACUGAAAGAGGCAGCGGCAGCAUUGCAGCUGGCAGAGAAUAAGACAUGGGAGGACAUGAAGAAGGCCCAGAAGGAGCCAACGGCUUUCCGCUCCAAGAUAUAUCCACCGGGUACCGAGUAUUUGCUAUGUUAUUGCAUUUCACAGCUCACACAUGCGAUAACGGCCGUUCUCAGUGGUUCCGUGACCGAGGCAAUCAAAGGGUUCUAUAAGUUGAGAAAGGCGUACCUCACGUUGGAUGGGAUUAUGGAGGUUGAAACCAAAUACUUCAAACAAGUAAUAGCUUCUCGGCAAGGUUCUGGUGCUUCACGGACAAAUCUUUCCAGUCGGCCAACUACUCAAGACGGUGGAAAUAGACAAUCAAUCAGAAGUUCCAGAGAGAUUACAACCGAGAAAGGGUCCCUUGUCGAACCUACUGAUGUACGGACUGAAGGUCACAACAACGAAUCAGAAACUCUUGAAAAGCUGGCUUCCAUUACAUCACUACCACCGACAACAAGAGUACGUUCCACUAUCCUCGAAGAGGACCCUGCAGAACUGGGGCUCACUUCCCAUAUCGAUAUCUUCAUUCACUCUGGUACCAGGCUCUGUUACGGCAUCCUACUUCUUGUAUUCUCCAUGAUUGAGAACCCUAUCUUCACAAAAAUCCUGUAUAUAGUAGGCUUCCAGGGUGAUCGUGAUCGAGGGACGAGGUAUUUAUGGCAAUCAUCUCGUUUCAACAAUUUCAACAGUGCUAUUGCCGGGAUUGUCCUACUUGGAUAUUACAACAGCCUUGUCGGAUUUUGCGACAUCCUGCCCACUGAUGCUGGAGCCAACGAUGAUCUUUCCGGAUACCCAAAGGCUAGAUGUGAAACUCUACUUGCGGAUAUGCGAAAACGAUACCCAGAAUCUAAAUUGUGGAAGCUUGAAGAGGCACGAAUGCGAGGUCACAACAAAGAUCUUGCAGGUGCACUGCAAAUCCUGGCUGCCAAUUCGGAGAGCCACAUGAAGCAAAUCGCUACCAUCAACAUGUUUGAAAUGGCUCUCACUGCCAUGUUCCUUCAUGACUAUCAGCUUUGUGCAGAUUGCUGGAUCAAGUGUUCAGAGAAUAGCCAAUGGUCACCCACCCUUUACGCGUACAUAACGGGCGCUUCAUACUUGGAACUGUAUCGAAAUCUCCGGGAAAGUGAUCCUGCUGCUGCCGCGCCAUAUAAGAAGAAGGCGAUAGAGUACAUCCGGAAAGGGCCACCACUCGCAGGCAGACAAAAGGUUAUGUCGAAGGAACUUCCUUUUGAUGUCUAUAUUGUGAGAAAGGUCAAGAAGUGGGAGCAGAGAGCGAGCUCUUGGGGUGUGGACCUGGUAGAUGCAAUAGGCGUAAGCCCUCUUGCGGAGAUGAUGUAUCUGUGGAAUGGACUGAGGAAGUUCAAUGAGGAGCAAUUGCAGAAGACUCUGGCUAUCCUGCAAUGGAGUCGGGUAAGUCAUGCAGAAAAACACCAAAAGGAUUUAGAUGAAACAGCAAUGCAAGCGCUCCUUCGUGCCGCUGUGUUGAGGAAUAUGGGAGACCUCGACACAAGCCGUAAGACCUUGAAAACCGAGAUUCUAAACCACGACAAACAAGAGUUUAGAGGACCGCUGAAAGAUGACUGGAUCCUGCCAACCGCACACUACGAAAUGGCUGCUCUGGCCUGGACGGAGAAAGACCUUCCGGGGGCGGACCACAAGGCCAAAGUGCUGGAUUGCGAGCAGUGGCUCGAGAAGACGCAUAAGUGGAACGAGUCGUACGUCUUAGAUACGCGGAUGAGCUUCAAGAUCGCCACGGGCGUUCUCACUCUCAAAAGACAUAAAAAAAUCAUGGGCCUUUGA